CGCGGCCGCCAUGCAGUUUAUGUUGCUUUUUAGUCGUCGGGGAAAGCUUCGACUGCAGAAAUGGUAUGUCCCACUGUCAGACAAAGAGAAGAAAAAGAUCACAAGAGAACUUGUUCAAACCGUUUUAGCAAGGAAACCUAAAAUGUGCAGCUUCCUUGAGUGGCGAGAUCUGAAGAUUGUUUACAGAAGAUAUGCUAGUCUGUAUUUUUGCUGUGCUAUUGAGGAUCAGGACAAUGAAUUAAUUACCCUAGAAAUAAUUCAUCGUUACGUGGAAUUACUUGACAAGUGUUUCGGCAGUGUGUGUGAACUUGAUAUCUUUAAUUUUGAGAAGGCUUAUUUUAUUUUGGAUGAAUUUCUUUUGGGAGGGGAAGUUCAGGAAACAUCCAAGAAAAAUGUCCUUAAAGCAAUUGAACAGGCCGAUCUCCUGCAGGAGGAAGCUGAAACCCCACGUAGUGUUCUUGAAGAAAUUGGACUGACAUAACUCUCCUCCCUUGUUGCUGACUCCUGUGGCAUUUCACACACUGUAGAUGGUCACUGCCUUCAUGUCCAUGUUAGCCAAUGGUGUAAGAUGAUGGAUGUCUUGUC